CCUGGCCAAAGAUCUCCGCGGAGGGAAGGUCGGCCCGAGAGCAGAAGCGAGGAGUACGCAACACGUCCCGAACUGUCCUGGAUCCCGUCCGUCCGCGCGCUCGCGAGCACGGAGCCUUCUUGCAGGGCUCCGGGCGAGGCCCGGGCGCUCACGCUCGAAGGCCUCCGCGGCGGAGAGUUGGUCCAAGAACAAGGGGGGGGGGCGUGCCGAGUUCCGUCCCGGACUCCUGGGUGGGCACGGCUCUUCUGUGGCAUGGCGAAUCACGAGGAGGGCGCGCUACGCCAAGAAGCCUGCUGUGCAACCGAAAGGCAGCAAAGCCUCGUCUCGGAGCAGGCCCCACGUCCCUCUACAUGCUGCGUGGUGCAGAGGAGAGUCAACGCGCGUGGGUCCUCUCAAGGCCCCCCCUCCCCAAUGCAGCCUAAGCCUCAAACCUUGGAGAAGUUGCCAGAAGCCCAGGCACAGUCUAGUGUGAUGCGCACGGGCGGUUCUAAAUGCGUAGCAGCACAGAACCGACAUCGAGGAGUUCACGGCACCUCCCAACAUGACAUGCCUCCUGCGCGUGCCCCAACCCGCCUUACAUAUGGCGGCACAUGUGUCACAAAACAACUCGCGAAGGUUGGCCUUCAAGUAGAACUACAAUCGAAGCGGAACUGCACGAGUCUCGCGAAUGAACAAACACAGGUCAUUGCAUCUGUUACCGUUCACGUUUCAAAGAAAUUGCUAUACAAGUGCUUGAGUGUCGAACGCCUUGAUUGAGCACUCCAGCUACACCAGGCGGGGGGCCUCACAUGUCCUCACGAGGGUGAGCGCUUUUGACUCGCAGAGGCGUGCAGGCGCAGAUUCACAGAACCUGCUGACGAAUCCGAAAUACAUACAAAAAAGUGUUUUGUGAGCCUGUACACGGCCCCAUCUCACAUGUCCUUGCAUAGAGAUGAGGCGAGGCCUUAUGGAAACCGUGGAACAUGGGAGGCAAUAUAGGGAGAGGGGCAACGCGUCACAAAUGAGACAAACGAGAAGGGAGGAGGCAGGCAAGACCCAAGGGCACUGGACCCUGAGCCGCAGCUCGCUGGACGAUGCGGCGACGUGCACGCCACCCGCUUCGGGGUGGUGCCGCGCGGGGCCGCGGCGCGCGCCGCCCCUGCGGCAACAAAAAAACGGCCCCGUGGCCAGGCCGCCGACGGCUGGGCGCGCAGUCUGGGCGGGGACGAGAGAUGCAAACGGAGAGGGGCCGCACGGGGGAGGCGGGGAUGCAGCUGCACGGCGGCGGCUUUCUGGGCCGCCCGCGCUGCAGGCAGCAACGGUGGACGGGGGCGGGCACUGGAUGAGGGAGCCCUGGGACAGCUGCACGCCUGCUCACGCGCACAGUAUCUCCAGACACGCACGAACACCUCCCGCAGAGGCAGAGGCGCCGCAACUGCAGCAUCCGCGGCAGGCGCUGCAGCCCCGGAGGCAGGCGGCGAGGGCCACGGAGGGGUGCGCCGACGGGGCGGGCGGGGCACGCAGAUGACAGGUGCGCCCCGGCCUUCUGCACAAGGCCAGGCCGCACGGUCACUGUACUCAGCCGGACGUCUCGGGCCACUGCCCCGCACCGCACGCGCACGCAAGGCCCUGCCCACACAGGGCGCAGGCGGCAGGGAAGCCCGGCACUCCCGAGCGCAUGGUCCUGCGCUGCUGCUUCCACUCUCUCUUCCGCAGCUUCUUG